UUUUACCAUUUUGUAAGGAUAAAUUAAAGAUUGAAUGCUCUGUAAAUUAAAGUCUUUGGACAAAGCAUCUGAUAGAUUAACAUUUUAAAAAACAUUUUAUAGAUUAACCGCUUCUCGCCAUGAAUAUAGCCAUAGAUGCUGGAAAGGUGUUAAGAAUAAAUAAAUAAAUAAAGCAAGAUGCUCAGCUGAAGAGCAGAGAAACGGGGCGUGUAUGUGUGUUAGAAAUGAGCAUGAGGCACGUGGGGUUGAGACAGUAUCGUGAGAGGGUUUGCUCGUGUGUAUCUGGGGAGGUUUGUGUUCACAUCAGCCUGCCGGUAAGAAGAUACUCUCCGACACCAAGUGUAUGACCGUGUGUGUGUGUGAAGGCAGAUGAUAAACAGGCCAGUGGAUGAAGGAACAGCAGCUAGUAGUGAGUGAAAGAAAGGAGGGAGGAGAGAAGAAAUGUGAGUCUCAUGUGUGGCUUUGCUGUCUGGGGCGGAUCUCUGUUAAAGCACUGAAGCGUUCGGCUACAUUCCCACACUGCAGUGCUGUCAUAGCUGGAUAAACUACCAUCUGCUGCUUCUUAUGGACUGAAGCUCCGAGUGACCGAGGACAUUUGUUCAAUGGAGACUAGUUGCAUGUGUGGAUUGACAUCUGAAGGAAGAGAGGACCACGUUGUGUUAAUUGGAAACGGGAGAUUGGAGUGACACUGGAAUAUCUCAGGAAAAAUCCAAUUCUGUCUAUGCAACACACAUACACAACCGACAGUAAUUCAGGCAUUCAAUUUAACCCUGCAGUAGGGAAUCUGUUCAUUUGUAAGAACUUGGAAAUUUUGGAAUUAUGUGGAUUUAGGUAUUGAACUACUAAUAGGAAAAGCAAUAGCUCAAAGUGUCCGAGUUGGAAUCUCUAAUUCUUCUAAAGCGAAUGGAUGCACUUAUUUUGCUUUUCUUUCGCUGGACCAUCAUUUCAUUCCAUUUAAAGAAGAUUUUUCCACAAUUUUCCUUAAGGGAAAAAUCUCCAAGGGACUCUACCUCAAGUUACAUACAUGAAUAGAUGAAUAUGUUAAUUUCCAGUCAGGUGCUUUAGCAUAGUCACACGGUUUUGUCAGUUUUAGUCUGUUCCCAAACUAGCGUGUGGCAGAAUGGAUUCGUGACAUUCCCAUGAUGCUGUGUGGCUUGAGGAGAGAGGGUCGCAACAACAGUGAUGAUGGCCCGUACACGAAGGCAAAUAAAGACGCGACUGCGAGUGACGGCGUCAGUAAGAGAAGCAGUCUUGCAGACGAGCAGAGAGGUGUGACGACUGUGGAACUGAUUAAAAAGGAGGGCAGUAGUCUCGGCCUCACCAUCUCUGGAGGAUGUGACAAGGACGGCAAGCCAAGAGUGUCAAACCUGAGACCUGGAGGUCUUGCAGCCCGGAGUGACCAGCUCAAUGUUGGUGACUACAUAAAAUCAGUCAACGGGAUAAACCUGUCCAAACUGAGACAUGAUGAGAUUAUCAGCAUGCUGAAGAACAUCGGUGAGCGCGUGGUGCUGGAGGUGGAGUACGAGCUUCCUCCAUUUGCUCCCAGCAAUCCAUGCAGUGUCAUCUCAAAAACGAUCGAAGUGCGCGUGGAGAAAGAGGGCAACAGCUUUGGUUUCGUUCUGAGAGGAGGUUUCCAUGAGGACUGGCAUAAGGCUCGACCUUUAGUGGUGACCUACGUCAGGCCUGGAGGACCAGCGGACAGGGAGGGAACCCUGCGACCAGGCGACCGUGUGUUGAGUGUGAACGGAGUUGCUCUGAACCGACAGAAACAUGCUGACGCUUUGACCCUGAUCAUGCAGAGCAGCCACGAGGCUUUCUUCCUCAUCGAGUACGACAUCGCCGUCAUGGAUUCAGUACAGAAGUCUUCAGGGCCGUUGCAGGUGGACAUCUCUCGCUCCACAGGUUCAGUACUGGGACUCAGUCUCACUAUCUCCACCUACAGGAACAAACAGGUCAUCACAAUCCAGAAAAUCAAACCUGCUAGUAUUGCAGACAGGUGUGGUGCUUUGCAUGUCGGUGAUAUUCUGCUGGCCAUAGAUGGCAUGAGUACAGAGCACUGCUCACUGAUGGAGGCACAACAACUCCUGUCAAGCUCUUCUGACCUCACCAAACUAGAAAUUUUGCCCUCUCAACACACCAUACCUGUGCAUGAUACAGUACGUGUUCAGAAGAGCAGUAACCGUCCGUGGGAUUCUGGUGAGAACUAUGUCAGCGUUCCUCCACCCUUCCAAAAAUCCCCUUCAGCAUGGAGUCACACCACCCCGACGCCAUCACACUGCCGAUCGGUGACAUCUGGUAUCUCCACAAAUACAUCUGGCUUUCACAGUUACAACAGCGGGACCCCAUCAACAUACCCCAACACGUUUCAGAGCAGUACCCUGCCCUCAUACCCCUCCAGCCCUCGCUCUACAGUCACAAAGAGGAGAAACAAGAGAAAAGACCACAAGAGCUCAUUGUCUCUGGCAUCGAGUACAGUGGGUGCUGGUGGUCAGGUUGUGCAUAUAGAGACCAAUGAGGUGAUUCUCAGAGGAGAUCCUCUCAUCGGGUUCGGGCUUCAGUUACAGGGAGGUGUGUUUGCUACAGAGCCGCUGUCAGCGCCCGCCUGUAUCCGCUUUAUAGAGCCUGACACACCUGCUGAGAGGUGCGGGGUGUUACAAGUCGGAGACAGACUGCUUUCCAUAAAUGGAAUUCCCACUGAAGACGGAACACUGGAAGAAGCCAAUCAGCUUCUCAGAGAUGCAGCGCUGGCCAAUAAGGUCAUGCUGGAGGUGGAGUUUGAUGUUGCAGAAUCGGUUAUCCCCAGCAGUGGCACAUUUCAGGUGAAGAUGCCCAAGAAAAGAGGAGUGGAACUGGGAAUUACUAUUAGUGCCAGCAAGAAGCCAGGAAAACCUCUGAUCAUCUCCGAGAUACAGAAAGGCAGUAUAGCACACAGAAUAGGAACCUUGGAGCCAGGCGAUCGAUUAUUGGCCAUUGAUAAUGUACGUCUGGAUAACUGUGGAUUGGACGAGGCCAUGAUGGUUCUCCAGCAGGCGGAGGGGAUGGUCAAACUACGCAUUCAGAAAGAUGAAGAUAACUUGGGUACGCGUGUGUGUGUGUGCGUGCUUGUAUCUUUAUAUCACCUAAUGGUCAAUACAUUUCAACAUCUGCAUGUUGUAGAUGAAUUAGAGUCGUCUGGUUCGGUCAUCUUCACUGUGGAGCUAAGAAGGCACGGGGGUCCUCUUGGAAUCACCAUUUCUGGCACUGAAGAACCCUUCAAUCCCAUUCUGAUCUCCAGUUUGACCCGCAACGGACUCGCACACAGGACUGGUGCUCUUCAUGUUGGUGAUCGUGUGUUGGCGAUCAAUAACGUGAGUCUGAAGGGAAAACCGCUGAGCGAGGCCAUCCAUCUACUACAGACCGCUGGAGAAACCGUCACACUUAAGAUCAAGAAACGCUCUGAUCCUUUGUUAGAGUCAGACGGGGGCAGCCCGUCCAGGACAACCUCAUGCGUGAGUGACACGGAGGACGACCAAUCAGAUUCUCUCAGGCGGGGCAAAUACUCUGAACUUCGCCUGACCACACCGCCCAGUUUAGAUUCAGCUAUGGACUCGUGGGAUAGUUCAGCUAUGGAUGCUGGUUAUGGGAGUCAAGGUGUUUAUAGCCACAGGACAAAUGAUUACACCCUUCACCCUAAUGAUUGGAGACAGACCAAUCACAGGAGCCCACUGACCUCCAGAAGACACGCCCACCGAACCCCAAUGUAUGAUGGGAGGCUGGCUGAAGAAGAUUGGAUAUAUUCUGGAUCUGUCAGUCCCGCACGCUGUUACAACAACAACACAGAAGCUCAGGAGAACUAUUGGUCGCAAGCUCUUCAGGACCUGGAGACCUGUGGCCAGUCAGAAAUCCUCAGAGAGCUUGAGGCCACUAUGAUGUCAGGUAGCACAUUGAGCUUAGGUGAGCUUAGUGAGAAACAGAAUGAAAUCGAGACCAAAGCUCUAACACCGAGCCCGGAGAGGACCUUAGAGAGCACCGCUCGACUGGAGGAGAUAAAAGACAUGAGUCCUUCCCAGCCUUUAGAGCUUCAUAAGGUACCGUCCAAGAUUUACAGUAACAUUUCAGAUGUUGUGAAUUUUACCAGACUGAUCUCAUUCUCUGUCGUUUUUCAGAUCUGUUUGCUGAAGGAUGCUGACACCAGAGACUUUGGGUUCAGCGUGUCCGAUGGUCUGCUGGAGAAGGGCGUUUACGUGAACAUGAUCCGUCCCGAUGGGCCUGCGGACCAAGCUGGGUUACGCCCAUAUGACCGAAUUUUACAGGUAAAUCAUGUACGGACACGUGACUUUGACUGUUGUCUCGCAGUGCCGUUGAUCACUGAAGCCGGAGGACAGCUGCAGUUGGUCAUUAGCAGAAACCCUCUCACUCAGGCACACGAUUGGCCACCUAAAGACUGUCAGGACCCUUCUGAUGCACUUCUUUUACUUCCUGCACAAAAUCCAAGAAGAGUUGACCUCUGAUUCCUAGACAAGAGCACAAUUUUUAUAGUUUUUUUUUCACAGAAAUGGUUCUCUCUCACUCUCACAGCCUCUGUUAUACACAAAAUAUUAACAUUGUUGUUUUGAUUUUUGUCGGUAUGUCAUUUGAAUUUAGUUUUUUACAGGGUCCAAUGUUGUUGUUGUUUUAACAUUACCCACUACAAACGAGCACGUCACAUCUUUAUAUAGUUUAUUUUGAUCACUCACAUAUUACUUCACAUGUUUAAUUUUUGUUCACAAAGUGUCACAAAUAUGAUCACAUAGGUGAUUUAUGUGUUACGCGAGCCACUUUUAUUUCGUUGUACGUACAUGUUUUGUUUUUUCACUCAGUGUGAUAAUCUUUGAUAAUGCAGAUCUGCAGGUUCUCACGAAGCGACAACAAACAACCCAGUCACAUGACUGUUAUGAUGCAGCUAAAGAGAUGAAAACCUUGACGUUUGACAAUUCAAAGGGAGAAGAUACAUUGAUAUUCUCACCACACACAUACACAUGUGAGCGACAUGUUUCCAGGUGAAUAUUUCAGGUUUAUGUGCAGUGGUGUGGUGAUAGUCGAUGUCUUUUUGUGUGCCGUAAGUGAUAAGACUAAGGAAUAAAUUCAGUUUUAAGUUAUAUAAAGUCCUUGAAAGGAAUUUUUUUAAUAUAACUUUUAAGAGCAGAUUGCUGUCUGCGUUUUACCCACAAUCCUUUAUUGAGUGUAUAAAGCCAUUUUUCCUGUUCAUUGGAUGUUAAUUAUGUAGAAUAUCACAUGUGUAUGUAUUCAUUUUGAUUUAGAAAUGAUCAUUUCGUUUUUAAAGAAAAUAAAGGAGAAUAUCUACAAAA